CGCACGGAGCGUACAUAUCGUUGAAAAAAAAAACUGUCUUCCUCCUUAUUUUCGGUUGAACUUCAAGAUGAGAGAAAUCGUCCACGUCCAGGCCGGCCAGUGUGGCAACCAGAUCGGUGCUAAGUUUUGGGAGGUGAUCUCCGAUGAGCACGGCAUUGACCCAACCGGAACCUACCAUGGUGACACGGACAUUCAGCUGGAGAGGAUUAAUGUUUAUUACACAGAAGCAACAGGAGGAAAGUAUGUUCCCCGAGCAGUUCUCGUCGAUCUGGAGCCCGGCACCAUGGAUUCUGUCCGCUCUGGGCCGUUUGGUCAGAUCUUCCGGCCGGACAAUUUCGUCUUCGGUCAGAGCGGUGCCGGAAACAACUGGGCCAAGGGUCACUACACGGAGGGUGCUGAGCUGGUGGACAGCGUUCUGGACGUUGUGAGGAAGGAGGCUGAGAGCUGUGACUGUCUGCAGGGCUUCCAGCUGACGCAUUCCCUUGGGGGCGGGACGGGAUCUGGCAUGGGCACCUUACUGAUCAGCAAGAUCCGUGAAGAGUAUCCAGAUAGGAUUAUGAAUACUUUCUCCGUUGUUCCCUCGCCAAAGGUAUCGGAUACCGUUGUAGAACCUUACAACGCCACCCUGUCUGUUCAUCAGCUGGUAGAAAACACAGACGAGACUUAUUGUAUUGAUAACGAAGCCCUGUACGAUAUCUGCUUCCGCACUCUUAAACUUACCACUCCAACGUACGGAGAUCUGAACCAUCUGGUCUCGGCAACAAUGUCAGGUGUGACAACAUGCCUCCGAUUUCCGGGUCAACUUAACGCUGACCUCCGUAAACUGGCUGUCAACAUGGUACCCUUCCCUCGUCUCCAUUUCUUCAUGCCAGGGUUUGCCCCUCUCACCUCCAGAGGUAGCCAGCAGUACAGAGCUCUGACUGUGCCAGAACUCACCCAACAGAUGUUUGAUGCCAAAAACAUGAUGGCCGCCUGUGAUCCCCGUCAUGGCCGCUACCUGACCGUGGCCGCCAUGUUCCGUGGUCGUAUGUCCAUGAAAGAAGUGGACGAACAAAUGUUAAAUGUACAAAACAAAAACAACAGCUAUUUUGUCGAAUGGAUCCCCAAUAACGUCAAGACCGCCGUUUGCGACAUUCCCCCUCGCGGUCUCAAGAUGGCUGCCACUUUCGUUGGCAAUAGCACAGCCAUCCAAGAGCUGUUCAAGCGAAUCUCCGAACAGUUCACCGCCAUGUUCCGGCGAAAGGCUUUCCUACAUUGGUACACCGGCGAGGGCAUGGACGAGAUGGAGUUUACUGAGGCCGAGUCCAACAUGAACGACUUGGUGUCUGAGUACCAGCAGUACCAAGACGCCACGGCAGAGGAGGAAGGGGAGUUUGAAGACGACGUAGAGGAGGACGAGCAAUAGUUGAAUAUCACAUGAACAAUACCUACACCUUUUUCUGUCCCUUAGUCAUCUACAAUACACUGACCGAAGACGACGUAGAGGAGGACGAGCAAUAGUUGAAUAUCACAUGAACAAUACCUACACCUUUUUCUGUCCCUUAGUCAUCUACAAUACACUGACCGUUUUGUAUCAUACCUCGUCGUGACUACUGCUACACCAACAAAGCAAUUUUUUUCUAACUUUCACAUGAAUACAAAUGAUACAAACCCUG